CCAGCAUACACUGCGAAAAGUUUGAAGAUGGCGGCUAACGCUGUUCGUGCAGGAGGUUGGCCAAGAAGUCGAUCUUCAAGCAAUCCUAGUAAAUAUUUACCGGCACCAGGAGGUACUAUCAUGGAUAAGACUAUACGAUUGUAUCCUUUAAGCAACUACACGUUUGGGACUAAAGAGGCCCUCUAUGAAAAAGAUAGCUCUGUUCAAGCAAGAUUUCAAAGGAUGAGAGAAGAAUAUGAGAAGUUUGGUAUGAGGAAAACAGUGGAAGGAGUGUUAAUUGUACAUGAACAUGGAUUACCUCAUCUACUCUUACUACAACUAGGAACAACAUUUUUUAAAUUACCUGGAGGUGAAUUGAUGCCUGGUGAAGAUGAAAUUGAUGGAUUACGACGAUCAAUGACAGAGAUUCUUAGUAAACCAGAACAAGGACCCGAGCCCGACUGGAUUGUAGAAGAUUGUUUGUGCAACUGGUGGAGGCCAAACUUUGAAGCACCUCAGUUUCCAUACAUCCCAGCACACAUAACUAAACCAAAAGAACAAAGAAAGUUAUUUCUUAUUCAACUGGGAGAAAAAGCAAACUUUGCAGUACCAAGAAACUAUAAACUAGUAGCUGCUCCAGUGUUUGAAUUGUUUGAUAAUGCCCCAGGAUAUGGACCAGUUAUUGCGAGUUUACCACAGCUUUUAAGCAAGUACAACUUUGUAUAUUUCUGAGGCAAUCACUUGCAAUUCCUGCUUGACAGCACUUGACAUUAUCCAAGACAAACAGUAGAAGUACCACUGAACUGGUAUCAAUAGUGCCAACAAAUUGCUGUUAUCGUUGUCUACAUACAUACUACAUGUCGUAAAUUGUCAUUGUAAUAUACAUUUUCUAAAUAAAGAUGCUCAAAUCAA